AGAGACGCUCUGUGGAUAAAACUUUUAAAGACUGGGGUCAGCGGUAAAAUUAUCAAAAUUCUUAAAUCUAUAUACAGUAAUGUUAAAGCAUGUGUUAGAAUGUCUUCUGAGAUGAAAUUUUCUGAGUUCUUUGAUGUCACGCUUGGAUUAAAACAAGGGGAACCACUCUCACCGAUACUUUUUAUACUCUUUAUUAACGAUAUAAGCACUACUUUAGAUUUUAAUAAGUUAACAGAGAAUGAUUUGAACCAGUUAUCUAUGUAUAUGUUGUUAUUUGCUGAUGAUAUUGCAUUGUUUACUACUGAUCCGAAUAGCCUGCAAGCUCAGUUAGAUAUUAUCUAUACAUAUUCAGAAAAAUGGGGUUUCAAGAUUAACGUUCAAAAAACCAAAAUUUGUGUAUUCGAAAAAAGAAAAAGCCACCAUAAUUUUAACUGGUUUAUCAAUGGUGAACAAAUUGAAGUUGUAGAUCAUUUUAAAUAUUUAGGAGUUGAUUUUUUGUAUACUGGUGUAAUGAAAAAUGCUGUCAAAGUGCUCUCAGAACAGGCCCUUAAGGCAUAUAGUAGCUUAUUAUCAUUAUUCACUCGUGUACACAUAGAUGUGAAAACUAAACUUUCUUUAUUUGAUACCAUGGUUGUACCAAUUCUUACAUACUGUUCUGAGGUGUGGGGCAUAUAUGAUUUUAAAGAAAUUGACAAGUUGCACAUAAAGUUUUGUAAAACAAUACUUGGAGUUCGUCAACAGACCCCAAAUUUAGCAGUUUAUGGGGAACUGGGAAGGUUCCCUUUAUCAGUUAUCUGUAAACAAAGAGCAUUAAAAUAUUGGUUAAAAAUAAUGCAAAAUCCAAACUCUCCUAUGUAUAGAAUUUUUAUGGAACAGUGUAAUAACAGUAACGAUAACUGUUGGGCAAAAUCCAUCAAGCGUUUAUUAGACAGUCUUGGUUAUAGUGAUAUCUGGAAUAAUUUUGAUUAUAAUGUCAAUUAUUUGCCAAUGUUUAAACAACGCAUUUGCGACCAGUUUAUUCAAAACUGGCGUGCUUCUGUCCAGUCAAUGUCAAAGUUAGAUUAUUAUAGUAAAUUCAAAACAGAGUUUUGUUUUGAAAAAUAUAUUGAUGUUUUAACAAAUGAAGGAUUAAGAAAAGAAUUAAGUUGUUUCAGAUUAAGCUCUCACAAGUUAGAAAUCGAAUUAGGUAGAUUUGUAGGUACCGUUAGAAAUGAAAGAAUAUGUAAAAUGUGUAAUUUAAAUUGUAUUGAAUCAGAAUACCAUUUUCUGCUUUGUUGUCCUCUUUAUGUCGAUAUACGUAGAAAAUAUUUUGGAAAUAUAUCUUGGCCAACGAUACAAAAAUGUGUAAAUAUACUUUCUUCUACAUAUAAAAAAUCUAUGAAUAACACUGCAAAAUAUUUAAAGGAUGCGUUUGAGCGUAGAAAUGAAACCCUUGAGCGCAUAGCUGCUUCUUAAGUUUGUAAUACAAAUGUAUCGACAAAUAAGAACUAUGUCUAUCACGAUAGUCUCUACUCCAUGUUAUAUUGAAUAUGUAUAUAAAUAUGCCUGUAUUAUGUAUGUGUAUGUAUGUCUUGGCCAUAUUCAGUUUGUGUUUAUGUUAAUUGGCCAAAGGCAUUGAUUUGCUGAUUUGCCAAAUAAAACUGUAAACUG